UCCGGCCUAAGAGGGGGGGGUUGUUGUGUAUCCAAAGGAAGGGGGUGGCAAAGGAGAAAGGGACCUGAAUAAAGAAGGGCGAGAAGCAACGGCCAGCUGGGGAGCCUCGGGGCCUGAAAGGCGGCUUAAACGAGGGGCGACGAGGGGCGCCUCAGGGCUCGGAAGCGCAGAGGGGCGGAGCCGAAUAAUUGAAGGCUUAAGCUCAAAGGCACAACCAUGAAAGAUCCAAGUCGUAGGAGUACUAGUCCAAGCAUUAUCAGUGAAGAUAUGAUCAUGAAUGGUCACUCUCAUGAAGAUGACAAUCCAUUUGCAGAAUAUAUGUGGAUGGAAAAUGAAGAGGAAUUCAACAGGCAGAUUGAAGAGGAAUUGUGGGAAGAAGAAUUUAUAGAACGUUGCUUCCAAGAAAUGCUGGAAGAGGAAGAACACGAAUGGUUUAUUCCAGCAAGAGAUCUUCCGCAAACGAUGGAUCAAAUUCAAGACCAGUUUAAUGAUCUUGUUAUCAGUGACAGUUCGUCACUGGAAGAUCUGGUGGUCAAGAGUAAUCUGAAUCCCAAUGCAAAGGAGUUUGUUCCUGGGGUGAAGUACUAAAUAUAUGAGUAGACUGGGCCCUCUUUUGGUGGAUGUAGCACAAUUUCCACACUGUGAAGCCAGUAUUAGAAGAUUUAAUUGUUAAAACGCUCUCUCUUCUUGUCACUGUGUUACACUUACGCAUUGCCAAAGUUUUGUUAGUCUUGCAUGCUUAAUAAAAGUGCUGAGACUGUUAUUAAGUCAACUGCUGUCAGAGGUUAAUGAAUUGGAUCCAAGCUUUCUGUGAGGGAGACAAUAAGGAAGGAAGCACCAGUCAUGUUGAGAAAAGUACCAAGUUUCUGAGAAACUCUUGCAAUUCUGUUUUUAGAAGGAUUCAGACUUUGAUAAAGAGUGGUCUGUUUUAAUUAAAACUUAUGGCGGUGUUGAUAUGCACCCAAUAAUGCCUUAAUGUGAAAAUAAAAGCAAGGUUUAUCUGAUUAUGCAGAUUAGCUGAAUUUCAGUACUGCUAUUAAUUCUUCCCAUUAUCAAGCAAAACUUUACUUCAUGCUGUUCUUUUUUGAGGAAAGUGUGAAUUGUAAAAAAUACCUGAAUCACUUUUACAGGCCUGUAUAGAAUCCUUUCUCUUGGCUACAGACCUGGUUGGGGGGAGGUGGGGGAGAAAAUUUGGCAAUUUGAGAUUAUAUUUGCAGCAAGUUAUCAUGUUGGAAUGUUUGUCCCACUUCUGAGUUUAUAUUUCACUUGAUGUGAAGUUACACAUCACAGAUUCUUCCAGGAAUCCAGAAACAUGGCACUGCCUCUCUAAAAUUUUACAAUCUUAAAAAUUGGAUUUAAUUGUAAAAUUUAGCAUUAGUGAUUUGAGUGGUGCUUUCCCCUUGCUUUGUUUAAUCAUCAUUACACAAUAGUCUACAGCACAACUUUUUUUUAAACAUCUAGUACAGUUUUGGCUUCUUAAACUUCAUAUUUGGGUAGCUUACGCUGCCUUAUGUGUUCAGUGUGAAUAGUGUUUAAGUUGAAAAUAUUGUAAAAAAAUUAUAUUUUUUCAAAAAUAUUUAAAAAAAAAAUAAAUAACAGUAGAAAUGA